AUGCUUUUGUAUUAUAAUACCUGGUCGAAUCAUCUCCCGCUCACUAUCACCAAUAUUUCUCUCUAUACCCCCGACCGGUAUCUCCAAGGCGGCGAGGCGAGACCGCGGCCGCUAAGGACCGACCAGACCAUAUCCAUCUAUCUACCCCCCAGUUCGGUGCUUGUUCAAGACCCUCAAGCUUGCCACAAGAAGCUCAUUCCGCAAUCCUCUCACAUCCAACCAGCCAAAAUGAACCGGCUAUUCGGUACGAAGAACACGGCACCCAAGCCAACCCUAGAUGGGGCCAUAACCAAUGUGGAAACCCGCAUCUCCAGCAUUGACGUCAAGCUUGCGGCACUCAACUCGGAACUAUCAACCUAUCAAACGAAGAUCUCGAAGAUGCGCGACGGGCCGGGAAAAACCGCGUUACGGCAGAAGGCCCUCAAGGUACUGCAGCGACGGAAACAGUACGAAGCGCAGCGGGAUCAGCUGUCGCAGCAGUCGUGGAAUAUGGAGCAAGCGGGCAUGAUGCAGGAUAAUCUGAAGAAUGUGAUGACGACGGUGGAUGCGAUGAAGACGACUACCAAGACGCUCAAGAAGCAGUAUGGUCAGAUUGAUAUUGAUAAGAUUGAGCGGUUGCAGGAUGAGAUGGCGGAUUUGAUGGACGUGGGGAAUGAGAUUCAGGAAAGUAUCUCGAGGGCGUAUGAUGUUCCUGAGGAUGUGGAUGAGGCGGAACUUGAUGCUGAAUUGGAGGCCCUGGGUGAGGAGACUAUGAUGGAGAGCUCCAUGGCGGAUAGUGCCAUGCCGAGUUUCUUGCAGGAUGAGGUGGCGCCGCCGCAGUUUAUUGAUGAGCCGCCGGAGCAGACGAAGGUUAAGGAGCCUGCUAGUGGGUUGGGUUAG